AACUGGCCUAAUGGUAGAUGCACCAAACAACAAAACUCAAAAGUAUAGAGUGCUAACUUAAUUAUCAUUUGAUUAUUAUUUAUUUUGUCUAAAGAGAAUAAAGAAAUGGAGAAGAAGGUGAUGAUGAAAAUGAAUAUGGAGGCAGUCCUUUUGCUAUUUCUUGUAAGCAAUACAAUUCAGAGUGUGCAUGGUGUCACAUGCACAGAAGCCAUAUCAACAUUGGACCCAUGUCUUCCUUUCUUGAUUGGGACUGAACCAGCACCUACUGAGCCUUGUUGUUUGGGCGUAGAAAGACUAAGCAAUGAGGCUUACACCAAGGAAAUUCGAAGGGAGAUCUGUGAAUGUUUCAAGAAAUAUGGUCCUCCAUUACGUGUUGAACCUGAAAAGGCUAAGCAACUUCCUGGCCUAUGCCAUGUUGAAAACCCAGUGCCUAUCGACCCAUCUAUGGACUGUAGCACGGUUACGAAGAAUUAAAAUAUUUUCUGCAGACUCUACAUUUGGCAGCUAAAUGAUCUCAACAGAAGGCAUUGCUUCGAUACUUUUAUGGCUGGAAACUAUUGUGAAGUCUCGCAAAUAUCUUUAUGCGUGCAUGUGCCAGGAUUAUUUAUAAUAAUGAAAUAUAUAUGUCCGUUUUGUUAA